CAUAUUUAAUAUUAAUAGCUCGUAUUCCUGGGUGCAAAAGCAAUCUAUAGGAAAUAUCGCCUUGCUAGUGAACGUGUAAAGAAAUGGAUUUCCCAAACAAGCCAAGGCCUAAAUCUGCUCCAGUAAUAACGAAUGCUUACGUCCAAAACAGAAGAGAGGAGGAAUGUCUGUACGUGAAGCUGAAUGGCAUGCAUUGCCAGCACCAUGCCGACAUGAUGCGUUGGAGGCAAGCUGUAGACAACGUGGUACGAAAACGUCAAAAUCUGCUACUCCAAAGGGCUAUUACCCCUCAAUCAACACUGGAGCGUGUCAUGGAUGAAAUACAAACUUUCAAGAAAUACAGGAGCACCCCUAAGAGUGCAAAGGUCAAUCUACCUCUAAGUACGGAGGUGAGUGGUGAUCUGGGUUCAUAUUCAAAAUGGGUUUCCUCUUCGUCUUCUCAGAAUCUUCACAGUGUGCCAAGUUAUGACGACGAAGCUAGAUGUGGAGGACCCAAUGCAUCAUGCUCUACUAGAAGUAGAACAUUUCCUGCUAUGCGUGGUCCACAAAUAAAACCUCAUGAAAUCAUGUCAAAAAUUCCAGAAACCUCUGAAAGGAAGGUUGAGAAGAAACAAAGGCCUCUGUCAACACUGCAAAGGAAGCCCGACAGUAUCGAAUCCCUGACAUACAAGGAGCUGGGUGGGAUUGCUCGACUAGAGAAUAUUUCCAUGAGGGAAACAGAGAGGCAGAAGCAAAUAAAACUCUUGGAAAGGGAGCAAAUAAGCAAAACACACGACACUGCUUUACAGCAGAAGGUUGACACUUUCCUUAAAAAAUUUGAGUAGCUCAGUUGUUGUUGGACAUUUAUGGAAAUCUCUCCCUGUUUUCAUUCAAUGCUCUAACAUAGUCUGAUCUCAGUAUAUGAUUCAUUGACCCAAAAUAAAAUCUUCACAUUUGGUUACUGAACCAUUAAGGACUUUAUACAAAAUCUGAUAUUAAAGAUACUUUUUUUGGGGGGAAAAUGAGAA